AUGGUAGUCGAAGUAGAAGGCUUUUUUGGUGUGUAUAUGUUGUACUGCACCAAUCCAAAAUUUAAAGGCCGUAUUUACAUCGGCUUCACUGUGAACCCCGAGCGGAGGAUAGGGCAGCACAAUGCCGGUCGACACAGAGGUGGGGCCAAGAGGACCAGUGGAAGAGGACCAUGGGAGAUGGUCCUCAUUAUCCAUGGAUUUCCUUCAGAUAUUGCUGCUUUGAGGUUUGAGUGGGCGUGGCAGCACCCUCACUCCUCCAGACGGCUUUCCCACGUCUGCCGGCGUUCCAGGAGGGAGUCCAGCCUGCAGUUCCACUGGCGGGUGGUGUCCAGCAUGCUGCGGGUGGCGCCGUGGAACCGACUCCCGCUGACCGCCCGCUGGCUCAAACAGGAGUACAGGAUGGACUUUGAACCCGGCUUGCAGCCCCCCCUGCACGUCCCCAUUGCUUUUGGCAGCGUGAGGGCCAAGAAGAAACUGUCUGUGCCGUGUGCUCCGGAAUCAGAGGAAACCUUCAAGUGCUUCCUCUGCAGAGGGAUGGUGCAGGUGUCGGAGAGGGUCAGCUGUUUCCACCCAUCGUGUGAGAUGAGCGGUCACUUAGUGUGCCUGGCCAGACAUUUCCUGAGGCUGGAGCCGUCCCACCUGCUGCCGGUGGAAGGCCAGUGUCCGUCGUGUGGUCGCGGGCUGCUGUGGGGGACCCUCAUCCGUCACAAAAACCGCUGCUUGGGAGACCUGGAGGAGAUGGCGGGGUCUUCAUCCCAGAACCACUGGGCAGACGAGCUCCAGAUGUGA